AUGGUCGUCACUGAAGUAUCGGAUCAAGAGAUUGAGAGGGAGUUGAAAACUUUACGUGAUCUUCGUCGACGUUCCAUAUCUUCUCCAGGUCCAGGAGCUCUUCCAGUAGAUCCUGAUCUCCCACCACCAUCUCCUUCUUCUCGUCUCCCAGGUGAUAUCCCAAAUUACACUUCGAACGACGAUAUAACACUCUCCACUCCAGACGGUCUCGAUUCCGAUGCUGCAGGUUUGUUCUGGGUCCCAGCUCAUAUUCAUCCAGAAUUAGCUCCAGGAGAAUUCAGAGCUUUUCUAAAAUCUCAUACUCAUGCAGAUCCGAUGAACGCAACUGCUGCAGAUGCUGGUGAAGCGGCAGGUUUAGCGAGAUCACCUUCUUUUUUAGCUAGACAAAAUAGUGGUAGACAAAAUGGUUUAGGUAGAAAAAGAAGUAUGUUGAGUAGACAAUAUCAACCUAGACCAGAAGAUAAAGAUGAGGAAAUACCACCUAUACCUAAAAGAGAUAGAACUAGUAUUUAUGGUGGUAGAAGUGGAGAAAAAGGUUUGACUUUGGAGGAUUUACAAAAGUUGGAACAAUUGGUUGAAGAGGCUGAAGAUGAUGAUGAUCCUGCUACGAUGAGAAAGUUACUUAGGAGGAGUUUGAGUAUGAAUGUGGCUCCUGGUUUCUUACAAGACGAUAUUCCCCAAGGAGGAGACGAUGCUGAUGUUCCCAUCAUCGUCCCUCGUCCUGGAUCCAUCCUCCGACGUUCCGCAAGGACCAAAAUCCGUAAACCUCAAUUACCCGGUGAUGGCGGAGGUCAUCGUUUCGGACCAUCUCGAAAGGGUCGACUCGCAGCUGUUUCUCCCGAUGAAGAAGAUCGCGACGGUCGUAAAAGUAGUGAACCAUCCGACGAAAGUGGUGAAAGAGGAAGUGGUGAUUGGCAUCGACAAUCUAGUGAAUCACACACGACUGAAGAAAGAGAUAAAUUCGCCGAUGCACCUCAACAUCUCGAAACUCGACGUCCGAGCGAUGAAUCCACGGAUGAACAUAUGAUCUUUGACGCCUAUGGAGGUUCUUCAUCAAGGAAAUCAUCAGCUUCUUCAGGUUCUUUAUCUCAAGAAGAUCUCAGUGUUGAAACUACGAAUAUUUCACCUCCAAAGAAUUAUUUAGGAUUACCGACUACUUUUCUUACUCCUGAUUCUGGUGGUUGGUUUAAAGAAGGUGAUAAAACACCUACACAAGAACGAACGGAUCCUAUUGGGAAAUUACGUAGACCUUCUCCUGGACCUGGAAUGGAAGAAAGACCAAUGGGACCUUCUUUAACAUUACAAGUACCUGGACAAUAUCCAGAAAAUGAAAUGAAUAAAUCACCUACUUCUCCAACUACACCACAUGCUCGACCACAGAAUUUACCUGGAGAAUUACCACCUGGUAUGGCACCUCCUUCCAAUAGGAUUUCUAUGGUUUCAACUUCUGGUUCACAAGAGAGAACUCAAAUGAUCCCCGUUAAUAUCGAUCGACCUCCUCUUACUCGAACGGAUUCAGGUAGUACCAUGUCGAUCAAAGAAAGAGAGAGAGAAAGAGAGAAGGAAAAGGAAAAGGAAAAGGAGAAAGAAAAAGAAAAGAAAAGUGGUUUCUUUGGAAACAAAAAAGAUAAAAAGAAGAAAGAAAAAGAAAGUUUUUUAGGUGGUUUAUUCGGAAGUAAGAAGAAAUCUGAAGAAACAUCUUCAGUUUCGAAUUUUUCUUCAGCUGGACCUGCAGCCGCAGCGGCAUUAUUAGGAACAAGUAAAUCUGCUAAAUCAGUAACACCUUCUGCUAGUGCAUCACCAACAUCACCAGGAUUCAAUUCUUUUUCAAGAUAUCCUAUUCAUGUUGAAAGAGCUAUUUAUCGAUUAUCUCAUAUAAAAUUAGCCAAUGCAAGAAGACCUUUAUACGAACAAGUUUUAAUAUCAAAUCUCAUGUUUUGGUAUUUAGGUGUUAUUGGACGUAAUGUUAAUGAAGAGAAAAAAUCAAAUUCAAAUUCAUCUUCAAAUACCAAUGGAAACUCAAAUGGAAAUGGGAAUGGGAAUGGAGGAGGGGGAGAUCCAGAAAAAUCAAAAGAAGAAAAACCUUUAAUAAUUAAAGGUACACCACCAAGACCGAUAGAUACUGGUAUAACACCAACACCGAAUCGUCCUUCGAAUGAAAUUUAUAGAGAAUUACAAAAUCCUAGAAUACCUCAAACUUCUUUCGGUCCACCACCUAUUUUAAAUCAACAAUCAUUUAACCAACAACCUCAACCUUCUUUUGUACAACAAACCAAUUCGAUAUCUCAACAUUCACCUCAAUCUUUCGGUUCUCCCACACAGUCUUUCGCACCCCCCACACAAUCUUUCGGUCCAGCUACACCACUUAAUUCUUUAGGUCCAGGAAUACCAGGUGUAGAACAAAGACAGAGAACAAUGUCUAACCCUCCUGCCCCAGGUACAAACUUACCUCCAGGUGCACAACCUAUGAAUAGAAGAGUAGUAACGGAUGGUAGACCUUUUCCAAUCGGUCUUAAUCAACCUCCUCCUAGUCAUCAACCUCCUCCUCCUCCUGGUCAUCGUUCACCUCCACUUAUAAACUCUCAAUCAUCUCAAUAUUUAUCUAAUACUCAACCUCAACCUCCUCAUUCUCAUCAUUCACCACAAGUUAUACCUCAUAGACAAAGAUCAGGUCCACAACCAGGUGAAAUAUUUCAAUAUCCUACUCCUCCAAGACCACCUCUUUCAUCUUCACCAUCCCCAUCACAAUUCCAAAUACAAAGACCAGGAGGACCUCAACCUGGUCAAAUAUUCGGGACUCAACCAGGUCAAGUUUUUCAUCAUCCUCAAUCUCAAUUCAGACCUGUUCAUCCUGGUCAACCUCAAAUACAUCCUGGUCAACCUCAACCUCAACCUUACCCUCCUCCACACCCGGGUCAUCCACAUCAACCUCCUCCAGGACAUAUGAUUUCCCGACCUAGACCAGAAUACAAUCAAAGACCACCUAGUCCCGGUAUCCCUGGACAAUCUCAAGGACCUUAUAGACCAAUUUACCCACCUGGUGCAUAUCCUCCGAAUAUCAGACCGGGUCAAAUGGUCACGCCCAAUGGACAAGGUGGUGGACAAGAUUACAGGAGACCGGCUACUGUACCUCCUACUCAAUAUCAACAUCAUCGAUGA